AUGGGCAAAUCAUAUGGAUUUCAGUUGCAAUGGCCCUUCCCAAAUAAUCCCAAUAUAUUAUAUAGAUUUGCUUCAAAGGCUACUCUCAUCGCAGUCCUCUCAGCAUGUAAACUUAUUUUCUCGUUAAAUGGUCUUGUUCUGUUGUUACUUAAUGCCAAAUUUUUUGAGGGCGUAACUUCAGAUAUGAAUCAAAUAUCAGUCAUUAACAAAAAUCGACUUCUAUCCGCUCUGGAAAAUAAGUCGAGGCCGUUGAUCACUGUAUCAAAUCAUCGUAGUAACAUGGAUGAUCCUUUAAUUUGGUGUCUUUUCACUUGGCGCGAAUUUUUCUCUAACAUAUCAAGAUUCCGGUACACUUUGGCAGCACAUAACAUAUGCUUUACCAAAGCUUGGCAUACUUUAUUCUUUUCAUUGGGUAAAUGUGUACCCGUUGUGCGCGGCGAAGGUGUUUAUCAAAGGGGAGUUGAUUUUUGUAUUGAAAAACUUGCAGAAAAUCAGUGGAUUCAUGUCUUUCCCGAAGGUAAAGUAACACCUACUCCGAUACGUAUCAAGUGGGGUGUAGCGCGUAUGAUUAUGGAAAGUCCAAAUCCUCCAUUACUUUUACCUAUAUGGAUACACCAAAUGGCUGAGGUCUGGCCUCAGUCGAAACCAUAUUAUCCUAGAAUAGGAAAGCAUGUCAUAAUAAUGAUAGGUUCUGAAGUGGAUAUGAAAGAACAUAUGUGGAGGUUCCUCGCUGGCUCCGUACCAGAAAGGCGAAAAGCACUUGCUGACUUCGUGCAGGAAAAAUUGUUUGAACUCGACGUUCAGAUUGACGAAAUGAAGCUUUAG